CAGCAGCUGCGCCGGACAGCAGAGCAGCCAUCAGGCACGCCGUGAUUUGCGUUUUCCUCGGCUUCCUCCUAGUCGCACCGGGUGACCAUGACAGUCGCGCACGAGCGCACAGUGAAGCGCGUCGUCAAACACCUGUUGUUGCCACUUCUGCUGCCGCUGUUGGUCGGCGCCUCGGCGCAGCACACCGGCGACCCCGCGGCGUUGGAGAAUAACUUACUGGAGGCGGGACGUGGCGUCGUGAGCGCAGUUAUGGACGCUGUGGGGCCGUGUCCCGAGUCCGGGGGCGGCAUCACCUGCCAGGGGUUGCGUCUGGUGCGGCAAGCGGCAGCCAUCGCCGACAGCGACGGUCCCGUGGAACUGGCGCGCGGCGUCAGCCUCGUCAAAGUCGGUGGUGCCACGCUGGAGGGGGCGCGUGGCGACACGGGGAUGUCUGCAGACGGCGGAGUCGCUGCGUCCGUGGCCAACUUCCUGCAGGGCCGCGAGGUCCGCAUUGAGCUAGCUCAGCUCGUCGGCAGGGAAGAAUGGGACUCCUUCGUCAACUCAUCGCUUGUGCGCUCUGGAACGCCAUUCGAGGGCCGCAAGAAGGACAAGGGCGGCGCGGGCCUGGUGCUGGCGAUGGGCGGCAUGAUGGCGAGCAUGAUGGGCGCCAUGGGCAUGGCGGGCGUGGCGCUGCUCGCCAUGAAGGCCAUCGCGCUGGCCGGCAUGGCGCUCAUCCUGGCCGCGGCCGCCGCAGUCAAGAAGAUGGGCGGCGGCGACGAGGGCGGCCACCACGUCAGCGUGGUGCCCGUCGGCCACGGCGACCACGGCGGCUACCACCACCGCCGCCGCCGCGCCGCCCCCAGCCGCGACGCUCACUACCUCGCCUACGGCGCGCAGGCUCCGGCAGGGUCCGACGCUCGCCGGUAGGCUCCCACCACGCGAAACGCACCUAACUUAUUUAUUUAUUUAUUCAUUUAACCAACUACUCACAUUAUAUAUUUAUAACUCCUCUAUUUUAAACGGAAUAAAGAAUAUUUUGCAGUAAUA